UAAAAACUCCCCUCCAGUGACGGAUGCUCAAAGUUCACGAGUUCUCCAAUGCUGCUUUCAGGAGACAGAGGCGGCGACUGCUGAAAUCGUACUGACGCUUUUCAACUUUUUUAGGCUUUACGCUAACAGGAGCAUUAUUUUUCUAUUCAGAGUUACAUAUAGUGGGGGAAAAAACUGGAGACACGCUGCCUUUGACUUUGGAAGUUUCGCACUGGUUAAGCAAUACGGAACUGUGGAGAGAGAAAAAAAAUGCAGGCGCGCUACUCCGUCUCCAGCCCGAAUUCACUGGGCGUAGUGCCCUACAUUAGCGGCGACCAGAGUUACUACAGAGCAGCCGGCGGUGGGUAUACUGGAAUGCCGGCCCCAAUGAGCAUGUAUUCUCACCCGGCCCACGACCAGUACCCUGCCAGCAUGGCUCGAGCUUAUGGACCGUAUACACCUCAACCUCAGCCGAAGGAUAUGGUCAAACCGCCGUACAGUUACAUCGCCCUCAUCACCAUGGCUAUCCAGAACUCGCCGGACAAGAAGGUAACCCUCAACGGGAUAUACCAGUUCAUUAUGGAACGCUUUCCAUUUUACAGAGACAACAAGCAGGGCUGGCAGAACAGUAUUAGACACAACUUGUCGCUCAACGAGUGCUUCGUCAAAGUGCCCCGCGAUGACAAGAAGCCUGGGAAGGGCAGCUACUGGACUCUGGAUCCCGAUUCCUACAACAUGUUCGAGAACGGGAGUUUUCUGAGGCGACGGAGACGCUUCAAAAAGAAGGACGCGCAGAAGGAAAAGGAUGACAGGGAUAGGCAGAGUAAGGAGCCGACAGCCCGGCAGCAGGGUCGGGACUCCGAUCAGCCAGCACAGGCUUCCCAGCCGGUCAGAAUUCAGGACAUAAAGACCGAGAACGGGACGUCGACACCUCCGCAGGCCGUGUCCCCCACCUUGAGCACAGUGCCAAAAAUCGAAAGCCCUGACAGCAGCAGUAGCAUGUCCACCGGCAGCCCGCACAGCAUCCCGUCCAAUCGAUCCAUCAACCUGGAAAACUCUGAACAUCAUCAUCACAGCCAGGCCCCAGCCCAGGGAUUCAGCGUGGACAACAUCAUGACCUCCCUCCGAGGGUCCCCUCAGGGCUCAACCGAACUAAAUUCAGCCACCCUCAUUGCCUCUUCCAGGACAGGUAUAACCCCUUCCAUGUCUCUGAACUACUCUCCAAAUCCUACGUCUGUUUAUAGUCCGCCCUGUAACCAAAACGCCAUAUCCACUAGCUCGAACGCGACCUACCAUUGUAAUAUGCAAGCGAUGAGUUUAUAUGCCGGGGAUAGGUCGGCGCACCUAGAACCUACAACCACCGUGGACGACACAUUGCCCGACUACUCGAUCACCACCACCACGUCCUCAUUGACCCACGGCAAUCUAAGUUCGGGUCAGGAUGGUCACCACCCACACCAAGGGCGGCUCGCUUCGUGGUACCUGAACCAGGCGGGAGACCUGAGCCACCUCAGUGCCACUUACCCCGCGCAGCAGCAGAACUUCCACUCCGUCCGCGAGAUGUUCGAAUCCCAAAGAAUUGGCUUAAACAACUCCCCGGUGAACGGAAAUAGUAGUUGUCAAAUGUCUUUUCCCUCUACACAGUCCAUCUACCGCACAUCGGGGGCUUUUGUCUACGAUUGCAGCAAGUUCUGACCAAGAUAUUUCCAUUUUCUCCUCCAUUUUCUCGCUGUUUUUCAGUCAGCCCAAAAUUCCUUUACUCGUACCCCUUCAUGGACUAAAAUGAUUCUGAGAGACAAAAAGCAUUAUCUUGGUUUGUAAAGGACAGUGUUACUCCGAAUAACACGUAAGUUUCUUCUCGCUUUUGAGAGCUAUGUUUUUAAAAGAUUAUGUUAAAAGAAUCAAGCUUUCACUGACUGUUUAUUAAGUGUAAAUGCCAUUUAGUAAUUUAUUUAAAAAAAUGUAGCUGGAUGUUGUGGACCAAACACCAAAACGUGUCAAGAUUGAACUGCCUUAAUUGUCCAAAACUUCCGUUAUUAAAAGGGAACUUGUAUAUUGAAAUAUUCUUUCAGUUUUGUCUUUUUUGAAAGUAUUCUGAAGGCAUUGCAAUGUUUCUUUAAUAAAUGGCCAUUCUAUUUGAGUUAAA